AUGGCCUCACUCUUUCAGCUUCCAGAGGAGCUCUUGCUGUCGCCUCUGUUUGAGCGCUACCCCUGUCGCGAACAGCAGAUUCGGUCUCUGGCCACUCUCCUUCAUCCUACCGCAGCGCCAUGCCAGAACCUGGUGGUAUACGGCACCGAAGCCACUGGCAAAUCGGCCGUCGUAGAGUCACUUCUCCAGAGUCUCUCCGAACCCCCAAACGAAGAGUCGCAAGAGGAAUCCUCUCUCAAAUAUGCCAUCGUCAACUCCAUACAAUGCAUCACUGGACGACAUCUAUUCGAAAGGACUGUAGGGGCGGUUGUGGACGCGAUAAAAUGGGAAUCGCCCCCGAAGAAGUGCGAGUCCAUGGCUCAAUUGACCGUCGAGCUUUGCAAGAUGCUUAAAUACACCGAAAGGCCUGAAGGUUGGAGACUCGUACUUGUCUUCGACUCAAUUGACCGCCAAAGAGAUGGCCCUGGCACCCUUCUGCCCGCACUGGCAAGGUUAUCUGAAGUAAUACCAUGCCUGACGUGUGUCUUCAUCGUCACCGCACCAACUCCCUUCUUUCUGCGCUCCUCCUUCACACCACAUAUCCAGUUCCCGAACUACACCAAGCAAGAAUUCGUAAAGAUUCUGUCCAUAACCCCGCCGCCACCGACCCCGACCACAACGCAAGACGACACAAAUUUCCUGUGGACGCGCUUCUGCGGCGCCGUCUGCGAUGCCCUCACAACCUCCGCGGCGCGAACAUUGCCCUCAUGCAGACACAGCUGCGAGGCCCUCUGGCCGCGAUUCGUAGCCCCUAUCCUGGCAAGGACUCACGGCCCCCGCGAGUUCUCCAAGCUCCUCAUCGCUUCCCGCGUGCACUUUCAGGAUGAAUCUCUCCUGAACCCGGGCAUCGUUUCCAUCAGACCCGGAGCCACGACCUCAGGGCCAGCUGUGAAUGGCACCGGCGCACCCCCGGGCACUCCUUCAAAACAUGCCGCUCAGCAGGUGCCGAACCCGCCGACGACGGACCUGACAAGGCUGUUGCCGACCACGGCCCGUCUGCUGCUUCUCGCGGCAUACCUAGCCUCUCACAACGCCGCGAAGCACGAUCUGGUCCUCUUCUCGACCUUCCACCACGGCCGGAAGAAGCGUCGAGGAGGCGGUUUCGUGGCGCCGAAGCGCGGACGCCCCAGCAAGCACCGCAAGAUCUCGCGGAAGCUGCUUGGUGCUCAUGCUUUUGUUCUAGAGCGCAUGCUGGCCAUCUUCGCGGCGUUGCGAGCUGAAUGGGCUGCUGAUAGCAUAUUCGGCAGUGGCACCGCGAGCGUCGUGGACGGCGAUGUCGGCAUGGCGCUCUCUACCCUCGCUAGCUUGAGACUGCUGAUGAAGGUCGGCACCGCUGGUGAUCCCAUGGAUAGGGGCGGCAAGUGGAGGAUCAACGUAGGGUGGGAUAUCAUUAGGGGCGUAGGGAGAAGUCUCGGUAUCGAGGUCGAGGAGUGGCUCAUCGACUGA